CCCCUGAAAUGCUUCAGAGUACACCUUUCCACAGGGCAGCAGUUUGGUGAAUCAACUAAGUGAAAGCCUCUUUUUUUUUUUUGCAUCGAUAACGCCGAGCUCACGUGUGGAUUUUUGCGCAGGAUGUACGACUGAUGUUCAGCAUGGAUUAAUAAUCAGAUCCUGAGCGCAGGACGGCUCGUCUGGACGCUGCUUCCACAUUAGCUCCACCAUGUAUCAGACCUUACGGACGCUUUUACUAUCAAACGCCCGGUGCUGGGAUGCCGACAGUCAGCGAUCGUACCAGGACCUGUUCGAGAGGCUCGACACCAACAAAGAUGGCAAAGUGGAUGUGGCUGAAUUACGAGCGGGCCUCAAGGCGAUGGGCAUAUUCCGCCAGGGUGCCGCACAGAAAAUUGUGUCGUCCGGUGACCAGAACAAGGACGGGUGUCUGGACUUCAACGAGUUUACCAAAUAUCUGAAGGGGCACGAGAAGAAACUGCUGCUGACGUUCAAGAGCCUGGACAGAAACAACGAUGGGCGCAUUGAUGCCUCAGAGAUCCAGCAGUCCCUUGCAGAGCUGGGCAUGGAUAUCAGCAGAGAGGAUGCACUGAAAAUCUUGCAAAGUAUGGACAUUGAUGGCACCAUGAUGGUCGACUGGAACGAGUGGAGGGAACACUUCCUGUUGUACCCCGGCCACAACCUGGAAGAGAUCAUACGCUACUGGAAGCACUCCUCGGUGCUGGACAUAGGCGACAGUCUUGCCAUCCCAGACGAGUUUACAGAGGAAGAGAAGAGCACGGGAGGCUGGUGGAAGCAGCUUGUUGCAGGUGCAGUGGCGGGGGCCGUCUCUCGCACUGGGACCGCCCCGCUGGACCGAGUGAAAGUCUUCAUGCAGGUUCAUUCUUCAAAGAGCAACCGGAUAAGUCUUAUAGGGGGCUUCAAGCAGAUGAUUACAGAGGGAGGUCUGGCUUCACUGUGGAGGGGAAACGGAAUCAAUGUUUUGAAGAUCGCACCUGAGACAGCUAUCAAAUUCACCGCAUAUGAACAAUAUAAAAAGUUGCUAACGUCAGAGGGAAAGAAGAUUGAAACGCACAAGAGGUUUAUGGCUGGAUCUCUGGCCGGGGCCACAGCACAGACAGCCAUCUACCCAAUGGAGGUGUUAAAAACUCGACUGACCCUGAGGAAAACCGGCCAAUACGCAGGAAUGUUUGAUUGUGCCAAGCAGAUCCUGAGGAAAGAGGGUGUCAAAGCUUUCUACAAGGGCUACAUUCCAAACUUACUGGGCAUCAUUCCCUACGCCGGGAUAGACCUCGCUGUUUAUGAGAGUCUGAAGAACACCUGGUUGUCGUAUCACGCAAACGACUCCGCUAACCCCGGAGUUCUGGUGCUGCUGGGCUGCGGGACCAUCUCUAGUACCUGUGGGCAGCUGGCCAGCUAUCCACUCGCACUUGUACGCACACGGAUGCAGGCAAAAGCGUCUCUGGAUGCGACAGACCAGCCGUCCAUGAGUUCCCUGAUGAAGAAGAUUGUAGCCAAAGAUGGUUUUUUCGGACUCUACCGGGGUAUCCUGCCAAACUUCAUGAAAGUCAUUCCGGCUGUCAGCAUUAGCUACGUGGUUUACGAGUACAUGAAGACUGGCUUAGGAAUCUAACCAAGUGACGUUGCGAACAAAUGACAGAGAGAGCUUCCUGACUGAAUUUACUCCAAAAAGACAGACAGACAGACAUCAAGCACACAGAGCAUGACUUCCAUCAGUUGACGGAGAAGUUCAUCACAUGGGAACCUGUGUGUUACAAGAGUUGUCUGCCAGUAGCUAAAGCAUUAAUCAUUUGUGGUGCGCAUGCUUUAAGUUUCGUCCUACUGUUAUACACUCCCCUUAUCUACACUCUCCAAAACAAAGCUUGACACCAAGACAGUUCUGCACAUUUAAAAUGUAGUAAAUAUAAUGAGUUGCUUAAUUUAUGUCACUGUCAUUCCUUGAAACUGUGAUAAUCCAAAAAAAAAAAAAAAAGGGGGCACAAUGAAGGAAAAUAAUUUUUCUGGAGAAAAGUGGAAUUUAUCCCGUCCCAUUUCUGUGGUCUCAGAAUGAGAAAAAUAACACUAUGUCAGUUUAAAUGUUCACACACUGUAGCGGUAAUCCAACACUUCUCUCGGCUGUAAACACCUGUUCUAGGAAUGACAUCAGCUCCAGACAAACAGCACUCCAACAGCAGCUGUCAACUAAAAAUAAGUGGUCCUGAAAAAUCGAUUCUUGUUAACACUGGAAUAGAGUGUGUAUGAAGACACACAUCUUGUGCAAUGUGAAAACCACUAAUCCCACAUUCUGUAUUUGAUAACUAUUUAAAUGUGCCUUAUAGCCUCUUGGUGUAGACCUUUAUAACAUCAGGAGAUUCAUUUUGUAGCUAUAUAUAUAUACUACAUUUAUGUACUGUGUAUAUAUAUAAAUAUGUUUUCAGUUAUGCUUGUUCAUUGGACUCAGCGAUGAAAACAGUCAUACCUGGUCAUUGAACUAAAGUACUUGCAAAGAACAUAUUUUUGCCAUGUGUCACUUUUCAUUAGAAACACAACAGCCCGCCUACCUUCAACAUGCACGGACAGACCCGCAGCAGGAUCCAGUUUCAGUUAACAUUUUGUUACUUGUUCUGUCAUACAGGCAAGUGGUGCGAGGUUUUCGUGAAGCGUGCAAGAUGACAAUCAGCCUUUUUAUUGUUCUGCACAAGUCAUCGUGGAUUUCAUCAGGAUGAAAGUGGUCUUAGGUUAUUAGUUGCUGAAACUUCAUAUCGGCGUUUUUUUUUUUUAGUCUCAGCUCUCCACAUUAAUACAGGGAUCAGUGGUUUGAAGCUCGCUGAGAUGUGUUGAAAGAUUCACCUGGUCAAUAGAGAUAAAACACGUGGACGCGUUUCCGCUCAGAACUGGAAUUUAAUCUGUUGGCCUCUGUACAGGAAUUAAAUUUAGGUUAUCCAAGUAGCAUCUGGUAGAGACACUGUAGUGCAGCGGUGGAAAAAGAAUUCAGAUCCUUUACUGAGGUUGAAAUAUCACUAAACGCUCCAUUACAGUUAAAGCUCUGCAUGACAAACCAUACUUAAGUGAAAGAACAUAUAUAUUAAAAGCAAGAUGUAUUCAAUUAAAUGACUGAUUUGCUUCCUGGUAUAUUUUUGUAUCAUUAGAUCAUUAAUAGUGGUGCAUGAUGAUGUGUGUCAGCAGCAUGUUACUGCUGUAACUGCUGCAGGUGCUAGUGUGAAUGUACAGUUUUAUACACAGGGACAGCAGAUGCAUGGGGUCAGAUGAAAAGUGGGAGAGGAAAAAUAAAAAUAAAGUUCUGCUACGCAAAA